CCAUCGAGUCGUCUCGCACGUGUGUUACACGCUUGCCCCGCAUCCCGCAUCCCGCGGACCUCGACCCUGGCAUGCGUUCGACGGAUGCCUACCUUGCUAUACGACCCAAUGUCAUUCCUUUGGAGCUCAUCCUCCAACCAAAAGCCAAAGUUCAAUCUCGAAGCCGAGGCUUCUGCCUGAUCUUCUCCUAGUCAGGUAGUUCCGCUACAGCCUUGAACAUACACAUCCCUUCUUGAUACUCACUGUCUACGUAAUCCUCUCACGCCUAUAUAAACAUCAACGCCCUGUGGCUAUCUCAAUCCAUCUAUUUGAACCUCGAAUCUGCAUCCCUCACCAUGACAAUUACCGCAAUUCAAGUUAUUUACGUUUCGUUCGCUGAAGCUGCAGCAAGCUUCUAUCUUCUCCCCAGCUUCUUCCCCAAUGUCUCUCUAGCUUCUUUCAUUUUCAUCUUCACUUUCUUGAAUUUUUCUGGUUACUCUACCUACAUCUGUUUCAUAUAUCCCUAUUUCCGCAGUCCACUUCGUCAUCUUCCGCAACCACCACCGGCCAAAUGGCCCCUGAUAAAUCACGGCUCGUUGGUCUUCACACGCCCACCGGGACAAGGAUACUUGAACAUGAUGAAGCAGACGGAUAAUCAUGGCAUCGUGUAUUUCCGUAGCUUCUUCAACUCGGCACGGUUGCUCUUAACCGAGCCAGCCUCACUGGCUGAUGUACUCGUCAACAGAAGUUACGACUUCGAGAAGCCACCAUGGUCGAGAGACUUCCUGCGUCAAUUUCUCGGAGAUGGUCUCCUGAUGACUGAAGGCGACGAACAUCAACAUCAACGAAAACACAUCAUGCCAACGUUCAGUUUCCGUCAUAUCAAAGAACUGUACCCAGUCUUCUGUUCCAAGUCCUUCGAGAUGUGCCAGGUUAUCAAAGCCGAGUUAACAGAUCGCAGAGACAACGUUUUGGAAAUCGGGCACUACUCAACCCAGGUCACCAUGGACAUCAUUGGUCUUGCUGGUCUCGGUCGGGAGGUGGGGUCUCUCCGAAACAGCGACGACGAGUUGAUCAAGAACUAUGAGGAGAUUCUUGAGCCUACAGCGGAGAAGGGCAUAUAUUUCAUACUCCACCUUAUAUUCCCCAAAUGGCUCAUUCAAGCUUUACCUUGGAAGCUGAACCAGCGAGUCAAGAUCACAACGUCUAAUCUCAAAAGGAUCUGCCAGGAAUUCGUCACGGAAAAGAAGAGUAGAAUGAAGACUGAAAGUGAAGAGAGCAAGGACAUUCUCAGCAUCAUGCUACGUUCAAAUGACUUCUCUGAUGACAAUAUUGUUGAUCAGCUAUUAACAUUUCUCGCCGCUGGACAUGAAACAACCUCCUCCGCCUUAACUUGGGCAAGCCACCUCCUAGCACUGAACCCAACAUCCCAAGCCCGUCUCCGCGCCGAGAUCUUCGCCGCAAUUCCAUCCCCUUCCACCCUCCUCUCCUCUCCAUCCUCCCCCGACUCCCCCGAUAUCGCUGCCCUCCUCGAAUCCCUCCCCUACCUCAACGCAGUCUGCAACGAAGUCCUUCGCCUCUUCCCCACCAUCCCCGUAACAGCCCGCAUCUCCAUCCGCGAUACCUCUAUUUCCGGCCAUUUCGUACCCCGCGGUACACUCGUGGAAGUUAUUCCCUGGGCUAUCAACCGCAACCCCAAACUCUGGGGCGCCGACUCCGAAACAUUUAACCCAGAUCGCUGGAUCGAUGCCUCGACUGGGAAAGCAACUAUGAAUGGUGGUGCGUUUAGCAAUUACGCGUUUUUGACUUUUCUGCAUGGGCCUAGGAGUUGUAUUGGGGAGAGAUUUGCUAGGGCGGAACUGAGGGCGUUGGUUGCGGCGCUGGUGGGGUGUUUUAGGUGGGAAAUGGCUGAUCCGGAGGAGGUCGUUGUGCCUGGGGGUACCAUUACUAGCAAGCCUGUUCAGGGGAUGAAGUUGAAGCUCGAGCCGAUCGAGUGGGGGAUGUAGUGUAAGUAAAUUGGAUAUUGUUAUAGCUGUGGGGGGAGUUGCGAGUUCAUGCUUUCUCCUUCCUUCGUUUCUAGCCAGAUCUAUUCCACGUUUUGAUAUGCACGCUAUGCAAUUAAAAACGUCUUCUGUAAAGAAU